UCCUUUGGAACACUAUCACUCCUUUCACUCCUUCUCUUCCGUCCACACACCCACUCCUAGCCUCCACCCGUCCCUACACAGCGCAUACUCAAUUAAGCUACGCACUUGUGCACAGUCCAUAUCUCACUCCAUACUGUUCACAUAAAAACACAUCCCCAAUGCCAACAAGGCGAAAAAAGUCCAGGCCGCACCGGCUCUCUCUCGCCUCAACCCCUGUCAUUGCCACCACCGCCACUCCAAAGGCACUUUGCAUCGUCGAGAUUCUUGAGCACAUCCUCUCAUUCCUCUCCCAGCAUGUCCUCCGCAACGUCGCCUCGCUCGUCUCGCGGCAGUGGUAUAAUGCUACCUGUCGCUCCCUCUUCAGCGAGGCUCUUUGGGCGUCCAAUUUUCAGCCCGAUAAGCGCCUCGAGGCCAUGAAUAAUUUCCCUAAGGUCCAAAUCCUCACUCUCACCCCCGACGCUCCAGAACGACGGUCCCUGCCUUACAUGUGGCCAAAUACUAGUCACGCCCAGCGCCAGAUUGCUUGGCGCGAGGUUCUGAUCCGCCUCCAGAACGCGUCAAGCAACAAGGGGCUUGACAAGGUCCGCAUCCUCGAUCUCAGAGGCUCGCUCGAUGUCCGUGUUUUUUGCAGGGUUGUCGAGCAGUGUUUGGCGCAGCAAUUAGUCGUCCUGCAGCUUGAGGUACUGAAAUCCGGCGAUUAUUAUUAUCUAGAGCGGAUCCUCAAGGGCUGUCCGAGAUUGGAGACCCUUAAAGUCGAGCGUCAUUCAGAGCUGGUUCAUGGUCAGGCCAUCCCUGGAUCGAGCCCUGAAGAUCCUGGAUCGGAACACGACGCCGUCAAGGAAGCAGCUGCGGUGCUUCGAGAGCGCCAGUUCAUCGAGCCACUGGAAUGGACUGAGACACUCAAGCUCCGGACCCUGGUCCUCUUUCGCCCCAUGGUCUCGCAGCGGGUCCUCCAGGCCAUUCUUCAUAAAUGCCCAGACAUGCGCGUCCUCAAGUUGAUCUCGGUGAUCGAGAGAGCCUCGUACGCGGAACUCAAGUCCGCAGCCUCCGCUCUUGGCCAGGAACCAACACCGCAUCAGAGACUUCAUGGCACUUCACCCUUUGACCUCAACACUCUCGUUCACCACAUUGCCCAGUCCUGUCCAAGACUCCACACCUUUCAUCUUUCACUGCAUUCACGGAAAAUUAACGCGGAGACACUGACAACGAUCCUGGAUCGACUAUCUAAUGUUCGGCACUGGAGUUUUGUCACGCGCGACAUGUUCGCUCCCGCCAUCCUGCCGUUGCUCCAUGAUAAAACCGUGCUCUCGAAUCGCAUGACAACACUGGAACUGAGGGGCGCAGGCUUCUUGAACCCUGAUAGAUCGACCAGCACUUUGAGUAAAGCCCUCCAUGAGUUCUUGUGCACAUCUCCGACACUUCUGCAUCUUAUUGCACCUACAGUGACCUACUAUACCGAGUAUCUGGAUCUCAACCGAAUCCUGGUCGGUUCCAAGGAUACCCAUCCCGACACUCCACGCGCAGACGGUCGCUUCUGGGCCUGCCGAUCCCUUAAAACACUGCACCUCGAAAUCCGCGCGAGAUAUGAAUCCGAUACCCUACAACAUUCACGCGUUAUCUUUGGAUACCUCUCUAAGGUAUGUCCCAAACUCGAGGAUCUGCAGCUCCGUCGGCCGUAUCUGUCUUUCUGGCUAGCGGGCGGGCUGUGUCUGCUAUCGAGACUUCAUAAUCUGGAAAAGAUCAAGCUGUGCUGUCGAUCCUAUACUGGUUUUUGUGAGUCGGAUGUACUAGAGUGGGUCAAGAGGGAGGGCCAUCCCUGGGGCAAGGUAAGCCCCCACAAAAUUGCAGUGUCAUCAAGUUUCAUGGACACGGCGCGGUUGGGAUGUAAGAUGGCGAUGAUCAAGGCGGGCUUGAUCGCUGCACCCUCACCUGUCCAUCCAAUGAUGUCCUCAUCAUUAUCUUUGUCGUCAUCGCCACCUUCAUAUUGGGACUCAUUAACAAUCACGGAGCUCUCAGUUGCGAACUUUGUCACGUUGGGCGAGAUGAAGGAUAUUGAGGACCUGCAGAUUGAGCGCAUGCUGCAGUAUCAAAGACAGCAACCUUGUUGGCCCCGACUCGAAUCAUUUACGGUCGUACAUGAUGGCUGGUUCAACAAUAGCACAACCACGGGGAUUGAGCGACUGCGCCCAGAUGUCCAAUUUCAAUUCGAGACGAGGUCCUUUCACCAGAAUGGAUACCAGUAGACUGCUAUCUCUCUUUUGUAUACAAUACAUAUACACCUUAAAAGAAUGGGUGUAUACAUUUGAGUUGACCGGUCAACUCAGGUCAACUCAUUUUGACCCUUUAUAAUGUCCACUCAAAUGAUGGGGGCAGCUACACAAGUUGCAAAAAAACCGCCAUUUUAUUGUGCAACUGCCCAUCGCGCUGUGGAUAAAGCUUACACGUCCGCUGCGAUCAGUGGCGAGUGGCCGAGCGCGAGAGGGGAUUUGAGUUACUUGAAGUGUGCACCACUGAAGCAAAGAGCCUUAUUCCGCCAGAAGGACUAUUAUAAACAUGCAAUCCUCAACGCAGUAGAGAAACUGUGAGGUUAGUUUCAAGGACUUAGCAGGACAUGCUCUCAAUGCAAGACAGACAUUCAAAAAUAAAGAAAAAGGAGCUGGUAUGAUUGAUCAAGUGAAGGCUCAAGUUACACCGAAAGAAGCACUAUCAGAGGCCACAGAUCA